AGCUCCCUAGCCCCCUUGCAAGUUGCAAGCUUGGAAUGUCUCUCUCUCCCUCGGAGGCCAUUUUGACCAAAUUUUACAACUAGGUCUGAGGGAGUUUUCAGUUAUUCCUGCUCUUUGUCACAUUGUUUUAUGGUUGUUCAUUAUUUUACGAGGCAUUUGAUGGGUUCGAAUGAUUUGAAGUGAGGUGGCUUGAAAUGGAUUCUGCAUGUGGUAGGUGAAUUUUCUCGCUUUUCGGGGUAUGAUAAUUUGAUCGCAAGGGUUUUUGGAAGAUGGCUUUACAGGCUAAUGAAAUUAAGGAGAUGGCUUUGGAUGUGGGCAAGCCAAAGGGAAGGAAUAAGAAAGAUGGGGGGGAGGUAGAGACUGGGUGUUGGGUUAGUACGGUCGGGUGCUUUGGGAGCUUCAUAUCUUCAAGAUCAAAAGUUGAUAGCUCCACUAGUGGACCUACUGCCCCUUAUGCAGAGAAUAAUUCUAUGAAUGAAAAAAGCAGAGACCAGCCAGUUGCUUCAGUUGAGUCCUCAACCAUCACUAGUAAUACUGGAAGUACUUCAUCCACGUCAAAAUUCAGUUCUGCAUCAACGUCAAAAUUGAGUAUUUCUUCCACUUUAAAAUUCAGUGAGGAGCUGAACGUUGCUUCUCAACUUCGGAAGUUUACAUUUAAUGAGCUAAAGUUGGCGACGAGGAACUUCAGACCUGAUAGUAUUCUUGGUGAAGGUGGUUUUGGUUGUGUCUUCAAAGGUUGGGUGGAAGAGAAUGGCACUGCGCCUGCAAAGCCUGGUACUGGACUUACAGUUGCUGUCAAGAUUCUCAACCAUGAUGGGCAUCAGGGUCAUAAAGAGUGGCUUGCUGAAAUUGAUUUGCUUGGUGACCUGAGCCACCCUAAUUUGGUUAAAUUGAUUGGGUUCUGCAUUGAAGAUGAUCAACGGUUACUAGUUUAUGAGUUUAUGCCUCGGGGAAGUUUGGAGAACCACCUUUUCAGAAGAUCGCUGCCCCUUCCUUGGUCUAUCCGGAUGAAAAUUGCACUUGGUGCUGCAAAGGGCCUUGCCUUUCUUCAUGAAGAAGCUCAAAGGCCGAUCAUAUACCGCGAUUUCAAAACAUCUAAUAUUUUAUUAGAUACGGAUUAUAAUUCCAAGCUCUCGGAUUUUGGACUUGCCAAAGAUGGUCCCGAGGGAGACAGAACUCAUGUAUCGACACGUGUUAUGGGAACGUAUGGCUAUGCAGCUCCAGAGUAUGUCUUGACUGGACAUCUGUCAUCAAAAAGUGAUGUCUACAGUUUUGGAGUUGUCCUACUUGAAUUGCUGAGUGGCAGAAGAUCCAUGGAUAAAAAAAGACCAAAUGGAGAGCAAAGCCUUGUUGGAUGGGCACGGCCAUUUCUUGGAGACAAGAAGAAGUUGUAUCAGCUAAUAGAUCCUCGCCUUGAAGGUCACUUCUCGAUUAAAGCAGCAGAGAAAGCUGCUCAGCUAGCUGUCCGCUGCCUUGGCCGGGACCCAAAAGCCAGACCUAUGAUGAGUGACGUUGUUGAAGCCCUAAAGCCUCUGCCAAACCUCAAGGACAUGGCCAGCUCUUUCUCUUUCUUCCAGACCAUGCAAGCUGAUCGUGCCAGGCCCUACCCAAAUGCUCCAAAUGGAAUUGGAAGGCAGGCGGCAUCCAUGCCAAGGAAUGGACAACCAACGAGGAACUUAGUAGCUAUAAAUGGCCCUAAUGCUUCUCCACACCCUCAUCGUCUCCAUUCACCAAAACCAAAUGCUAUUGAAUCAUAGAAUUGGUUUUUUCGUUCUUUGGUAGGUAUGCUAUACAUCUUGGAUUUGUAAGUUUGAUGAACCUCCUUAGGGGAAUCUUUGCUUUGAUUCUAUGUGAUGUAGGGUUAUUGUGACGCCUCUUGAACCAUGGCCCAGAAAGGUUUGGCAUUAGGUCUACCGAUGACAAGUUAUGUCACAGCAAAUCAAUGCUUAAAUGAUAUAUUAGGUGCCAAGAAAUGUGUCAAUGAUCUCCCAAGGGUCCGAUUGAAACAGCUGUCUUCGGUGGAAAGUUGAAACUAGGAUCAUCCAGGUCAUAAAUUCAAGCAUCAAUCUUUUCAGGAUGGUGGCUGAAUGCAGCAGGUUUCUGGUUCAAGACGUGUUACCCUGACACUAUUAUCCUGGAAAGAGGAUGUCUCAGUGUAAGAUAUAAUUCUUUAACUUAUGUUAUUUGAAACAAAAAACAAAAGCUUUUGUUCUAUUGGUUUGUACAUCAUCAACAGAAAUCCAGACAAAUUUUGUUUCAUGAUAAGAAAACCUGCUUAACUUUAUGCUA